CGUUUUCACUCUUCCAUUCUAUCCAACCAACCAAGUAUGGCCACUGACCUGCACAAGGCGCUGUUCGCGCACAUUGACGCGCACCAGAGCGAGUACAUUGCCGAGCUCAAGGCGGCCGUUGCAAUCCAGUCCGUCUCUGCCGAGCCCGAGCGCCGCUCCGAGGUCCAGCGCAUGAUGGACACUGCCGUCGCGCACAUUGAGAAGCUCGGCGGCAAGGCGACCAAGAUCGACCUCGGCGUCCAGCCAGGCACCGACAACCUCCCGCUCCCAACGGCCGUCUUUGGCGAGUUCCACCAGGACAAGGCCCUCAAGACAGUCCUCAUCUACGGCCAUCUCGACGUCCAGCCGGCGUCCAAGGAAGAUGGCUGGGACACUGAGCCGUUCGUGCUGACUGAGGUGAACGGCAAGCUGUACGGCCGCGGUGCUACUGACGACAAGGGCCCCGUGCUCGGCUGGCUCUGGGCAAUCCAGGCCUACCAAAAGCUCGGCAAGCCUCUCCCCGUGAACAUCAAGUUUGUGUUUGAGGGCAUGGAAGAGAGCGGCAGCGUCGGUCUUGACGAUCUGAUCAUGGCUCAAAAGGACAAGUUCCUGGCUGACGUUGAUUUCGUGUGCAUCUCGGAUAACUACUGGCUUGGCCGCAAGAAGCCCUGCCUCACCUACGGUCUCCGUGGCAUUGCCUACUUUAGCAUCGAGAUCGAGGGCUCCACGAAGGAUUUGCAUUCGGGUGUCUUUGGUGGCUCGAUUCACGAACCCAUGGUCGACCUUGUUCAACUGCUCGCCAAGCUCGUCGACUCGCGCGGCAACAUUUUGAUCCCCGGAAUCCUCGAUUCGGUCGCUCCUGUGACCGAAGACGAGCUCAAGAUCUACAAGGACAUUGAUUUUGAGAUUUCCGACUUUAAGGAGGAUUCUGGCGCCAUCGGCGACAUUAUUCACAACGACAAGACCAAGCUGUUGAUGCACCGCUGGCGCUUCCCGUCUCUGUCCGUCCACGGCGUGGAGGGUGCCUUCUACGGCCCUGGCUCGAAGACUGUCAUUCCUCGCAAGGUCAUUGGCAAGUUCUCCAUCCGUCUUGUUCCCAACCAAGAGCCCGAGGAGAUUAUUCGCCUUGCUAUCGAGUUCAUCAACGCCGAGUUUGCCAAGCUCAAGAGCGGUAACAAAAUUCACGUCUCGGCGCGCAAGCCUCCGGGCAAGCCAUGGGUCAGCGACGUCAACCAUGCCAACUUUGUUGCUGCUCGCAAGGCCGUCAAGACUGUUUUCGGCAUCGAGCCCGAUCUGACUCGUGAAGGUGGCAGCAUCCCUGUCACACUCACCUUCCAGGAGGCCACUCAAAAGAACGUCCUGUUGCUCCCCAUGGGCGCCGCCGACGAUGGCGCUCAUUCUCAAAACGAGAAGCUCGACCGCCGCAACUACAUUGAGGGCAUCAAGCUUUUCUGCGUCUACCUCGACGAGCUCAGCCGUGCUUAAUCCGGACUUGUUGGUGUUGCUUUUGAGGUCUGUGUUGGCAGGGCGAUUCUUGUCAACGACAAGCUUGCCCGAUCUUCCAUGUCGAUUAAACAAGAGCGACACGCACUUUCACUGCGAUCGUCUAUUGUUUCCCUCGCAAUCGCUACACGAAAGCUGGAGAAUGAAUCGUACACUGGGCUGAUUGACACCAUGGAUCUCAUAGAAUGGAACACUUGAACGACA